UCGUUGCUCGCAGCUCCGCGCACCGUGAUCGCGCAGGCCACCCCAUGGAAAUGAUCGGUGAGGUCGACGCGCCCGAUGACGAAGCCCUCUUUGAUCCAGAACCUGCACAGGCUGCCCCAGAGGCGUUCGGCCUGGCGCCCGAGGUGCACGUCGUGCCCGAGGCCCCAGCCAGUUUCCUCAACAGUCGCACGAAGGAGUUCACGAUUCGGGAUGUGCACGGCGCGGCCAUUUUCAGCAUGUCUGCAAGGUGCUUGAACAAACCUUUCAUCGAGGACGGCCCGACUGUUUGGUGGGAGUUGCGAGGUUUCUUCUAUCGGCUCGGUUUUUUCCCCGAAAAGUUGCGAUCUGGCGACUUAUCUGCGCAAGCAGCAGAACAAAGCUCGAAUUGACGCCGAAUUGGGCUUGUACGAGGUUCCGCCAGACACCCACUUCCGGAGAUCCCAGAAGCAAGUCAGAGCACUGGGCGAGGGCGCUUGCGAUGUCUUAGGCCAUGAUGUGGAGAUCAUGGGAAGCACCGCGUACAUGCUUGCUUUCAUGUUGUCCUUCAUGGACGCGAAGUUGGGCAGGAGAACUAAGGAGAACUGUGCCGAGCAUUUCCGCCAUUUUGCCGACAUUGGUUCCGUGACCCCUCCUGUCUUGGGUCUUUGCGGCGAAAACUUGCCGGCGUGUUGCCACGGUGGCGGCCAGUGCAGGCAUGUCCAGCACGUCGUCCAGCAGCUCAAGGCAACCCGUGGGAACGAUAAUUGGAAAGACGUCUCGGCAUUUUUCCAGGUUGCGCGGUCGAAGCGUUAUGAAGACUGUCUUGCGGUGGAGACCUGGAGGUACCAGGUGUUUUGGCAGCUCGUCGAGCUCAUCGACGCUUGCGCGGACGUCGGAGGACGGCCUGCAGGACAAAGGGGAGCGCCUUUGCUUGAGGGCCGCGGCCGCUGCCGUCGGCUGACUGGGGUGUGGCUGAACUCUACAGGGCCGUGUCUUGGCGUGUUGAAGGGGUCUCAUGGCAAGGAGCUUGGCGACGCGCCUCGGUGUGCUCACGACCUCAGGCGCGAUGCAAUCCAGUUGGGCAAGUACCACGCCCACCAAGUAUAUAGGCUCGGAGACGCCACGCACAUCACGCUGUGCAUGGACUGCAGUGACAAGGCUGGGAAGGAUAUGCUAUCUUUGCUUGCUUACGAGCCUGUCUCCAAGGAGUUGUUCUGGAUGGUCCCCCAGGUGAUGCCUGCGCUGAAGACGACGGUCCGGGGCCUCAAGGGGCGCCUGGCGGUCCGGCGGACCGCCCUGCAGGAGCGCGUGGCUGCGCGGCUGCGCUCGCUGAAAGAGGCGGCCGAGAUCGAGAAAGUCAAGGGCAAGCGGAAGUCUGGCACCUUGACCCGUCGAGCUGCUUACCACAUGGGCCGCGCUCUGGGCUGGUUGGAUUCCUUGAUGCAUGCUGGGAGUAGCCUCGCCAAGUUCCAUAACCGCUCCCAGUGCGUCCCAGUCUUGAAGGCGUCUGAGCAGAGGUACACGAAACCUUCCAAGACCCCCUCGCCAUGUGAUCUGCCUGAUGGGGUAUCGUGGAGACGCUCUUGCGUGUGGGAUCGGGAGACCAAGAGGGCCCGAUUCGAUGUCCCCGUGGGCGAGACAGCACGAUCGCAGCCUUGUCUGACCAUCGUUGCGGAUGAAGGCCCGAAAGAUGCGCCUCUGUAUCAUUGGCUCUCGGCGCACGGUUUCCGGUUUGUGUGGCUUAUGGACCCCUUGCACAGAUGCCCCAACGACAUGCGCAUGGCUGCCAUUCACAGCGACAACUGGAAUAUGAUUUUGGACACGUCUGCGGCGCUUAAUUUUGAUGCUGGGCCGUUCAAGUCGUCACAGAAUUUCAACCGGGCGGUGGAGGCCGUCAAGGAGUACGCCGUCACGGCGUUCACCGACGAGGAUCUCCUGAUGAGUUAUUUUGAAGACAUGUGCAAACUCUCGGGUGACGUUCCCGUUGACUUCGGCACCCUCGAGCACGUGCAGCGCGUCAUCGACCGGCUGCCUUUCGAAGCGUGCUUCGCGCGCAUGGACGAACGCGUGAAGUGGUCGAGGUGGGGGUCCCAUCAGCGUUGCAUGCGUGAGUUCAAACCGCAUCGAUUGUUGAAUCGGUUUGUUUUAGAUGUCGUGGACAUCCUCUGCUCCAGCACAGGGGCCGCAGCUGGACAUGAAACCGUAAGCUGGUUGCCGUGUGCCCGCCCAGGUGAGUCAAAGACAGCUGUUUCGGGCUCGCCGAGCCCUGGCCAGGCCGCGGCGCCGUCCUUUUCCGCAGCUCCUUCUUCGAGUUCCAGCCCUGCCGCGGCCCCCGUGGCAGCGGGCUUGGCAGAGGGUGCUUUGACGGCGUCGCCCGAAACAGCGGGGGACGCUGCAGGUCCGCCCCGCAGGUUCGAACGCCCGAGCGGCUUGGAGGAGGUGCGGGAGGUUCUCGGGCACGCGGAGACUUGGGUGAAGGCUGACAUUUGGACCACUUUCGCGGAGACCGUUUACAAGGCAGCUGCUGCCGAGUAUUCUGGAUUUUUGAAUGACGAGGAGCAUGUUUUGAAGUACUACGUGGCGUACGCGGCGUGGUGGCGGAUACUUGGACAGGAUUGGGAAGAUGUGGGCAUCUUUGCGAACCAUGAGCACUCUAUCCCAGGCAGGGUUGAUGGUGUCUUUCGAGUUUCCGCACGAGAAGGCGUUGGCCAUGGACGCCAACUCCGCGCUGCGGAAGCACGAGACCUGGAAGGCGCAGCACGCUUGGUCCACCGUCUUCCAAAUUGUCCGGUGGCGCAGCCUGACUCAUCUGAACUACGUGGACCUGCCGCCUGGAAGGUUCGCUGCUCUGCUGAGCUCUGCGCCCGCGGUUGUCAAAGAUGCGUUGGCCUGGUGCGCUACCGCUUGGGAUGCUAUUCAGACUUUCGAGGCAAAGCGCCACGUCUACAAAGAAUUCGCGGUGCUGUGGCGGGCGGUGCCCCAGUGCGAGUGGGUCGUUGUUCGGGACGUCUUGUGCUCGCUCAGCGAAUUUGGGUUCCAGAUCGUGACGCCCAAGGUGCAGGAGAUUGUGCGAUCCAUGUUUCCCUGGGGAGCACGAUCGGCAACGAGAAGGGUUGGCAGUACCUUGGGAGGCGUCUGGAAGAAGCCCCGAACAAGAGAUUAGGAGUCCAAGCAUGUUGGAUGGUGCUGGCCACUUCGAACGUAUGAACCGGAAGCACGUGUUGCCCGCCGAUUGCGUAGAGGAGCCUUUGCCUGAUAUAGUUCGUGCUGGGUACGACGCGCUGAGUAGCCCGGUGUCCUUCGCAGUGCCGAAGCUGGAGCAGAUUCAGGAAAAGGCGACCACGUGGCUACCAGUGACGGCGCUUGCCAAGAAUGCGUUUCCCGCGGCGUUCUCAUUGAUGUUGGAUGUGCACGGGACGGGCAACAUGGACAAGCUUCCUACGUGUUGGCACGCCUACUUCCCCGUGCGGUCUGAUGUCGUCCGUCACGUGAGCAGCGGCGCCACCUAUGUGGUCCUCGACACGUGUCGUUUCGCCUUCCUCGGCGUUGCUUGCGAGUUGAAGCGCUCGGCGGGUCGGCCUGCGCGCUGCCGCAUUCGUUCCGAGGAAGUAGCGUGCCGCCCGAGGUGGAUCCGCAUGGACGACUGCACGCAAUGGGAGUGCUUCGAGACAGUGGCUUUGCCCCCAAUUGCCCGCCUGGCCGAGGGCGCAUCUCCAGAGAUAGUCAUCAACGCUGUGGGGCCGAGCGCCCUCACGCGUCGAGCCGCCCUCGUCGGGUUCAAGCAUGUGCCAGCCAUGUACAUCAAAAAAAUGGCGCUGCAAUGGGGAGUUCAGAUCCAAGGCAAGCGCCCCAAGGCGCUCAUCGGGGCCGUGAUCGCUUUGAUUGCUUGCUUCGUGCCGAACGUCACGCAGCAGCAAAUGGACGCUGCCUUGGAAUCCCGCACGCACGUCGGAAGAAGCAAGUCCGUCCUCAGCGCUUCUUCUGAAUUGGUCGACAGCACGUUGGACCCAAGCGACAAGGCUCUGCUCAGGGAGUCCGAGGAGAUGUCGGCCAAGCAAGCCGGCGCCACAGAGCGCACGAAGGUUGCGAUCGGACUUGGGUCUAAGUAUUUAGAGUCCCUCGGCCUUCAGGCGAAGAAGGCCACUAAGGCCAAGCCAGCCCAGCAGCGAAAAGUUGUCAAGCAUCAGGUGGUUUGGGCCAAGGUAGCAGACGUGAAAGCCGCGCAGGCUUUGAUGCCCCAGGUUGCUGGGGCUUGCAUCCAGUGCGUUGUGCCCAAGAGGUGUUGGACAGCUUACUACCCGAAUUGUGCGCCAGCCAGCCGCACGAGAACUUGAGGGCUUCGGUUCUCGAAAACAGCGUGCAUGAAACACUGCAUCAAGUGGGCGUGGGGCCAGCACAGGAAGCAGGGGAACCCACCUUGCCCAUUUAAAUUUUAGUUACGGGGGGGCGCCGCCAGUGCGCAGCACUGGUGCAUGUAAGACCGCAUCGGCCGCAUGCGAAAUUAUUUUCUUGUUAUGCCCCGUCUGGAAUCAAUCCCAUCAUCGCCACUGCCGUUGUUGCUGCUCGUUGUGCCGUGAUUGUGCGGACCAGCCGCGCGCGAGCGCACGGCACGGAUUUGGCUCAAGCAAUUUGAACCACGUGUAAGCCUACCCGGUCGCCUGCUACCGUGUGCUGAACAGCAAUAAAUUGGCAGCAAGGGAAAACCGAAGCGUUUUUUGAAGUGCAGGGGGCAUGGGGCUGCGAAGCGCACCCGGGCCAGGCGGCGAGCGCCAGGGGGGCCUCUGAGCAUCCAGCUUCCCAGCGCCGAUGACGUUUUGCACGUUGCCCUUUCUAUAAGCAUCUAGGUUGCGAGCUUGCGCUGUCGGGUUCGUUGAUUCCCUUUCGCAGGGUCGCCGCGAGAAGGCCCCGGCAGCGCGCGCGCCGCAUGCGAUAUUUUAUUUUUGGCCCCAGCUGGUCGAUUGCAGCUUGGAACGUUGGAUGUUCGCGACCCUUCUGAUGUCCAAAUAGUUGUUCAUUUGCGCAGAUUUGCACCCGUUGUUCUAUUUCUUUCUCUCCUCAACGAUGUGUGU